AUGGUCGGAAAAGAUCGUCAGUCAUGUGUUCUCUGCCAUAACUUUGAACUAAAGUUGUCCGUUUCAUUCUUUCGUCAGAUGGAAGAAAAGAUUACUCGUCUCGCUAAUUACUCGACAUGCGAUGUCGCGGAUGCGUUAUUGGAAAUUGGCCACCCACCACAUGGUGGGUUUCUUCAAGAUAUAACAAUGUAUGUUCCUGAUAUACGAAAUACUAGAACUAGCAAAUGCGUUGGUCCGGCUUUUACGAUAAAGCUUGUUCCUCUCUCGGAACCUGUCCCGAAACUGGAAAAACAUUUUGCAGACGCAGCUCCAGAAGGGAGUAUUGUAGUUGUAUCUGCACCACCAAAUACACCAAACGCAGUUUGGGGAGGUUUAAUGAAUACAAGAGUGCGAAUGCGAGGUGUUAAAGGCAUAGUGGUUGAUGGUCGCAUUCGUGAUUUAGAGGAGUUACGUGAAGAUGGGUUACCUGUAUUUGCUAAAGGCCAAUCAGUUCUUUCCGCGCGGAAAUACACACACCCAUCUGCUCUCGACGUCCCAAUCACAAUCAACAACACUGGAAUAACAAUCAACCCCGGUGACUAUAUAAUCGCGGAUCUGAAUGGAGUUGUUUUUAUUCCUAAAGAACUUGUAGAUCGCGUACUUGAAUUAUGCAAGAAACAAGUGAAAGUGGACGAUAAUGUGAAAAAAGAUCUGUUGAAUGGCGUGUCAAUUGCUGAAGCUUUUAAAAGACAUCGUGGAUAG